CAGACAGCGGGGCAGAGACACGGCGCAGCUCCACGGCCGCUUCCCGGGACUGUGAACGCACCGUUCGGGCGACAAACUCCUCUGAAGUGUCCUCAAGCAGAACCGGGAACCGUGCGGCUGCUGACGGACCGCAGCGAACCGAGCAUUACACCGGACAGGAGAAGUUUUUUUUACCGGAUGGAAACCAGUCGGCAGUGCAGCUCCUCAUCCUCUCCCUCUGUGGUACCCUGAAGUCAGACUACAAAGAGACGAGGGGUCGGAACCUGCUGCCAAUGGACACUUUCUUCUCCGAGGGGGCCCAUGUGUGGCUGAGACACAAAGAGCAGCUCCUCCCCUCCACCGUCAGCUCUUGUGAUGAUUCGUCUCUGGUCCUCACGACCGACUAUGGGAAGGUGAUCUACCUACAGAAGGCGGAGCUGAACAGGGAGACGGUGUACGCCAUGCACCCCAGCAGCGUCCACGGAGUGGAGGACAUGUCCACACUGGCAGAGCUGCACGAAGCCGCCAUCAUGCACAACCUGUUUCUGCGCUACCAGAAUGACAACAUCUAUACCAACAUAGGUUCCAUCCUGGCGGCGGUGAAUCCCUACAAGCAGAUAGCAGGACUGUACGACGGCCCCGCAGUGGAUUUGUACAGCAAACACCAGAUGGGGGAGCUGCCUCCUCACAUCUUCGCCGUGGCCAAUGAGUGUUACCGCUGCCUGUGGAAGAGACACGACAGCCAGUGUGUUCUCAUCAGUGGUGAGAGUGGUGCGGGGAAGACGGAGAGCACCAAGCUGCUGCUGAAGUUUCUGUCAAUGAUGAGUAAGAACUCAGCAGGAACUCCUCUGUCAGAGAGGACCACCAGGGUGGAGCAGGCCCUCAUUCAGAGCAGCCCCAUCAUGGAAGCUUUCGGAAAUGCUAAGACUGUCUACAACAAUAACUCCAGUCGCUUUGGGAAGUUCAUCCAGCUCCACUUUUCACAAAAUGGAAACAUUCAUGGAGGCUGCAUCAUUGACUAUUUGCUGGAAAAGAAUCGUGUGGUUCGACAAAAUCCUGGAGAGAGAAACUACCACAUCUUCUACGCUCUGUUAGCAGGAGCUGACAGAGACCACAGAGACUUGUACUUACUGUGUGAAGGUCCUGAGUCAUAUCACUACCUGAGCCAGUCAGGCUGCAUGCAGGACAGCAGUCUGGAUGACAAGCAGCUCUUUGACAGUGUCAUGGAGGCACUGAAAGUGAUGGAGUUCAGUGAGGAGGAGAUCAGAGAUGUGUUCAAGCUGCUGUCUGCUGUUCUCCAGAUGGGCAACAUUGAGUUCAUGACUGCUGGUGGAGCUCAGAUCACGUCGAAAGGGGUGGUCAGUAACGUCAGCGAGCUGCUCGGCCUGGACUCCUUCCAACUGUCGGAGGUCUUGACCCAGCGCUCCAUGAUCCUCAGAGGGGAGGAGAUCUGCUCGCCGCUCACCGUGGAGCAGGCGGUGGACUCCCGUGACUCGGUUGCCAUGGCGCUUUACUCUCAGUGUUUCUCCUGGAUCAUAAUGAGGAUCAACCAGAAGAUUAAGGGGAAGGACAACUUCAAGUCCAUCGGCAUCCUGGACAUCUUUGGCUUCGAGAACUUUGAGGUGAACCGGUUUGAACAGUUUAAUAUCAACUACGCCAACGAGAAACUCCAGGAGUACUUCAACAAGCACAUCUUCUCGCUGGAGCAGCUGGAGUACAACAGGGAGGGGAUCCAGUGGGAGGCCAUAGACUGGAUGGAUAACGCCGAGUGUCUGGAUCUCAUAGAGAAGAAACUGGGCAUGUUGGCUCUUAUCAACGAGGAGAGCCGCUUCCCCAAAGGCACAGACCUCACCCUUCUGGAGAAGCUGCACAGUCGACACGCAACCAACCUGUACUAUGUGAAGCCUCGAGUGACUGACCACCAGUUUGGCAUCAAGCACUAUGCCGGAGAGGUGCUUUAUGAUGUGCGAGGGAUCCUGGAGAAGAACAGAGACACCUUCAGAGACGACAUCUUGUUUAUUCUCAAGGACAGCAGGCUUGACUUCAUCUACGACCUCUUCGAGCGUGUCGGCAGCCGGACCGGAGACGAGACCCUGAAGAUGGGCACGGCCAGACGCAAGCCCACCGUCAGCUCUCAGUUCAGGGACUCCCUCCACUCCCUGAUGGCCACACUAAGUGCCUCCAACCCCUUCUUCGUACGCUGCAUCAAACCAAACAUGGACAAGAAGGCCAACCAGUUUGACCCCGACAUCGUCCUUAACCAGUUGAGAUACUCUGGGAUGCUGGAAACUGUGAAGAUCCGCAGGGCUGGGUUCCCUGUCCGCAGAACCUUUAUGGACUUUUACAGCAGGUACAAGAUGAUGAUGAUGAAGAGCAAAAUCCACUCAGAUGAUGAGAAGCAGUGCUGCUCAGAGCUUCUCAUGCUCCACGACAAAUCCAAGAAAGAGUGGCAGCUGGGGAAGUCAAAGGUGUUUUUGAAGGAGGCCCUGGAGCAAAGGCUGGAGAAGGAGAGGGAAGAGGUGCGGCGCAGGGCUGGCAUGGUGAUCCGCGCCCACAUCCUCAGCUAUGUGGCAAGGAAACAAUACAAAAAGGUUCUGUCCAGCGUCGUCACCAUCCAGAAGAACUACCGCGCCCACUUCUGGAGACGCGUCUUCCUGCGCCUGCGCGUGGCCACCCUCAUCCUGCAGAAGCACCAGAGAGGCCGGCGUGCCCGAUCGCUCUGUUGCCAGCUCAGGGAGGAGAAUCAGAAGCGGGAGGAAGAGGAGAGGAGGAGGAGGAGGGAAGAAGAAGAGGAGGAGAGAAGGCGAGUAGAGGAGGAGCAGAACAGGAGGAUGGAGGAGGAGAGGCGAAGGAGGGAGGAGGAGGAGAAACAGAGGCUGAUGGACGAGGAGAUGAGGAGGAGGGCGGAGGAGGAGUCAGUAAGGAAGGAGGAGAUGAGACUGAAGGAGGAAGAGCAGAAAAUGGCAGCCUCAGAAGAUAAGAAAAGGAACUCACUGGUCAAUGGUGCUUGUCAGAAGAAGGAGCUGUCCCAGACUCUGUCCAACAACCACACCUCUGAGGAGGAGAGCCGUCAGAUGGAGGAGAUCCUGCGGCUGGAGCGGGAGAUCGAGCGUCUGCAGAAGCAGCAGGAGGACGGCGUGUCCCUCCUCGGAGACGUCUCUCACGAGGAGCUGCGCCAGAUGAGGGACGCAGAGAUCUUCAGACUGGAGAAGGAAGCUUCCCGUGUCGCCACGGAGUUCCUGGAUCUGCUGGACUUCGGGGGUCUGGAGCCGUCCCUCUCGAGCGAGGAGAACCUCCACGACCCGACUGAGUCCACCGCCCCUCUGGCUGAGGAGGAGGUGGACGAGGGUUUCCACGCCGAGGACGAGUGCAUCCCUCUGCCUGACUUCCCUCCCCCGGCUGCAGUUCCUCUGGACAAAGAAGUAUUCCAAAGCAUCCCCCCUCCUCCGCCUGACUUUGCAGAGGGACUACUGGUCUCCUCCUCAUCCACCUCCUCUCCUGCACUGGGGAAGCUCUCCCAAAUCCCCACCAAUGGACUGACUCAUGCCCCUGUUCUCGCAGACUCCCAAACCCCCGACUCUCCACGUCCUCCUCCUCUUCCAGUAGUCACUAACGGAGAUAGGGGGCCGUGCCAGAGCGCCAGCAAGGGGUCAAACUUUGAGCCUGUGGGUGAGGAGACGUCCCACACAAACCUGCCGGACACAGAGUCGGACUACGACCAGGAGGAGUUUGAGGAGGCUCAUGGUAGCUCGGGUGCUAGCAUAAACGACGGCCAUAUCACAGAUGAGGAGGUGCUGCGGCAAUCCUCCUGCACCCAGAACAGCCUGGACUCCUUCAGAGGCAGCUCGGACUCGUUCAUCGACAGCGACGAGGAGAACGACGGCUACGUGGACACGGACGAGGAGGUUUCCAAUGGGAGAAUGAAUAUGCUGAAUGGCACCGGGCCUCCGUACUUCCAUGGCUACCUCUACAUGAAGAGUGGUCUCAUGAUCCCGUGGCGCCGCCGCUGGUGCGUGCUCAAGGACGAGACCUUCAUGUGGUUCCGGGCCAAGCAGGACUCCCUCAAGUCCGGCUGGCUUUACAAGAAGGGAGGAGGGAUGUCCACCUUGUCUCGGCGCAACUGGAAGAUGCGCUGGUUUGUUCUGCGGGAGUCGAAGCUCAUGUACUUUGAGAACGACAGCGAAGAGAAGCUGAAAGGGACCAUCGACGUCCGCAGCACCAAGGAGAUCGUGGACAAUCAUGAGAAGGAAAAUGCACUGAAUAUUGUGACUGAGGACAGAACCUACCACAUCUAUGCAGAGUCGCCAGAAGAUGCCAGCGGUUGGUUCAGCGUGCUGAGUCGGGUCCACAGCGCCAGUCCAGAGCAGCUCAUGGAAAUGAACCACGAACAAGCCAACCCAAAGAAUGCAGUGGGCACACUAGAUGUGGGCUUGAUUGAUUCCGUUUGUGCAUCAGACAACCCUGACAGACCAAACUCGUUUGUGAUCAUCACGGCCAACCGGGUGAUCCACUGCAACACAGACACGCCUGAGGAGAUGCACCACUGGAUCGGGCUGCUGCAGAAAUCUAAAGGAGACUCCAAGGUCGACGGACAGGAGUUCUUAGUCAGAGGCUGGUUGCAUAAAGAGAUGAGGUCCGGGGCUAAGAGCUCGUCUCUGAAGCUGAAGAAGCGCUGGUUUGUUCUCACCACUAACUCUCUGGACUAUUAUAAGUCCUCAGAGCGCACCGCCGCCAAACUGGGAACUCUGGUCCUCAACAGUCUCUGCUCGGUGAUGCAGCCUGAUGAGAAGGUCUUCAAGGACACCGGUUACUGGAAUAUAAUCAUCCACGGGCGUAAGCACUCUUACCGCCUUUACACCAAAUUGCUGAAUGAAGCCAUGCGGUGGACGAAUGCCAUACAGGGAGCAAUAGACAGCAAAGUUCCCAUUGAAACCCCAACACAGCAACUCAUCAGGGACAUCAAGGAGAGCAGUUUAAAUGUGGAGGCAGUGGAGCAGACAUACUGGAGGAACCCCAUCCUGAGAUACACCCAGCAUCCUUUGCACUCUCCUCUUCUACCUCUGCCCUAUGGAGACGUCAGUGUCCACUUGCAAAAGGAGAAGGGUUACACCAGCCUGCAGGACGAGGCCGUGAAGAUCUUCAACUCGCUGCAGGAGAUGGAGGCCGUUUCUGACCCCGUGCCAAUCAUCCAGGGAAUCCUACAGACCUGCCAAGACUUGAAGUCGCUAAGAGAUGAGGUGUACUGUCAGCUGAUCAAACAGACCAAUCACGUCCCGCACCCCAACAGCCUCGCCAACCGCGCCCACUGGCACCUCCUGACCUGCAUGACCUGCACCUUCCUGCCCAGCCGAGGCAUCUUACGCUACCUCAAGUUUCACCUCAAAAGGAUCAAGGAGCUGUUCCCUGGUACAGAGAUUGAGAGUUUUGCCCACUUCAUCGGUGAGUCCCUGAAGAAAACCAAGACCAGAGAGUUGGUUCCCUCCCAAGAGGAAAUCGUGGCGCUUCUUACCAGACAGGAAAUGACGACCACCGUCUACUGCCACGGAGGAGGCUCCUGCAAGAUCUCCAUCAACUCACACACCAGUGCGGGAGAGGUGGUUGAGAAGCUCAUCAGAGGUUUGGCCAUGGAGGACAGCAGGAACAUGUUUGCCCUCUUUGAGCACAACAACACCGUAGACAAAGCUGUGGAGAGCAGGGUCCUUGUGGCCGAUGUUUUGGCGAAAUUUGAAAGACUGUCUGGCAGUGAGGAAGCUGAGAACGAGGGCCAGUGGAAACUCUAUUUCAAACUCUACUGCUUCCUGGAUGUGGAGAGCAUGCCAAGGGAAGGAGUGGAGUUUGCCUUCAUGUUCGAGCAGGCCCAUGAGAGUUUGACCAGAGGCCACUUCCCUGCCCGCGAGGAGACCCUGCAGCACCUGGCGGCUCUGCGCCUGCAGUUUCUAUACGGGGACAAAGUGCGGGCCACCUGGAGCCUGGAGAACGUCUAUCCCGUGGGCCGCCUGCGCAGUCGCAUCCUGCAGUUCACCAAGGUGGGUGGAGCCUCGGGGUCAGGCCAGACUCUGGAGCGUCGGAGGACCAGCUUCCUGGAUGGGACACUGCGUCGGGGGUUGAAGACGGGCUCGAUGAAGAAGCAGCGCAUGGAGGAGGAGCAGAUGCUGGAGAUGUGGAUAAAGGAGGAGAUGUCCGCCACCAGAGCCAGCAUCGUGGAGAAGUGGUCUCGCCUCAAAGCUCUGGAUCAGCACCAGGCCAUGCUCAAAUACAUGACCAUCAUCAAAGAGUGGCCUGGAUAUGGAUCCACACUGUUUGAUGUGGAGUGCAAAGAAGGAGGCUUCCCUCAUGACCUGUGGCUGAGUGUGAGCGCUGAGAACGUGUCGGUCUAUAAGAAGGGGGAGCCCAAACCUCUGGAGAAGUUCCCCUAUGAGCACAUCAUCUUCUUUGGCGCUCCACAGCCGUGCACGUACAAGAUCACAGUGGAUGAGCGAGAAAUGUUCUUUGAAACACCACAGGUGGGAGAGAUCACAAAGAUCAUGAAAGCCUACAUAAACAUGAUUGUGAAGAAGCGCUGCAGUGUGAAGUCUGUGUCCAGCUAUGGAACCAACUGGAUCAGGUGAUUGACUCCACAGGACUUGGAUACAGUUUGAACACCACAUCUGAACUAUUACGAGCAAGAAUGGACAGAAGAGAAAUGAGAAGAGGAAUUAAAUCCCGUUUGACAAACUAAACAAACUCCAGCCGGAAAGUUUAAUCUCCACAAAUAACAAAAAAAUGCAGAUAUCUUUACUGCUCGUGUGGGAGCAUCUGCACCAUUUGAAGCUUUAUCGUCAUCCUGAGUGUCGCCUCCCGUCAUGCAGUCUCCAGACAAUGUUACUCUCCUUACUCACACUUUUCAUUUCUACCAUUCUACUUGAAAUGUAAUUCAGGAAUCUGUCGUGGAUUUUAUUUUCAGUUCCACCCCCAAAAAUAUUCAAGAUGCACAUUAGCAACUGAAUUUAGACUUGAUCUAAUUUCCGUCAAGCCCACAUCCCAAACUGUGUAAAAGAAUGUGUUGCAGUGACAAACACACCCUGCAGCCCAGUGUAAUGAAUGUUCUCCUGGAUGGAGAUUCCCUCAGGUUAAUGUGUAAUGUAAAGUGUCAUCCUCCCAGGGAGCUCCUCUCCCUCAUCUUGCCUUAUUUAAGUUUUUAUUGUAGCUAUUUAAUCUGGAUUAAUUAGUUAAAGUGCAAAUGUGGCCUUUCAGAUAAAUUUUCGAGGUGUUGCGUAUCGUGGGUCGUGGAAGUUAGUGCGUCCAUGGGUGUGUGUGUGUGUGUGCGACAAAAACAAGAACAAGUCAAAUAAAUGCAGCAAAUAAACAAAUUCAAUGUAAAUAACCACUGCAUCAGUGGAGAUGCAACAUUUAUAACCACUGCAUUAGAGUAUUUUCUCAAAAGGAAGCAGUACUAGAAUCAGAGCAACGUUGAUUUGACGUGAACUGAAUUGGUUUGGGUUUGUCUCUGAAACGUUUUGUAGCUGAAACUGAUGUUCGAGGAAAGCAUGGUGUCAUCUGUAUAGUGUGUCUGUGUCUAAAAGAUUGUCUUUUUUUAGUGAUGUCAAAGGCCACGUGAGGGUGGAGUAUUUAUUUAUUGAAGUGUCAGUAGACGAGAGAAUAAGCUCAGAGAAGUGAACUGUGUGCUGGAAAAUGUAAUGAUGCCGUUUUGCUUUGUCAUGUGUGUGUUCAGGGACACAAGAAUUCUGAAACAGACAAUUGUUCAUGAUUUAAAAUUGAUUUUCCAAAUUUCUAAUCCUGUUUCUGACCAUUUGUCAACAUGAUAUAACCUCAGUGUGUUGCCCUGAUAUAUUUCCUCUCCUCGGCCUCAAAACACUCGAGCUUCAGCCAAUCAACCAUCAGUAUAUGUCAUGAUAAUAUGGUCCAAACCUAAUGAGCUUAGCAUUUACCUCACAUUGCAUCACUGUCUUCCAUUGCUCUCCGAUCGUACUCGCAUAGGCGUUCUGGUCAGCUGCCGGCGGCCACACCAGGGACUGACAAUGCCACUGACGAUGACUGUACUUCUGAGAUUUCUGAUUGUUUUGAAGUGGAAAAAUCAGGAAAAUGUUUUAUAUCAGAAUUUAAAGAUGCUUUAAUAAAUUAUUGUAUUUCAAAA